AUGCCAAAUCCAUUAAGAGUCGAUCUUCAUCGCGUCGACAGUACGUCGUUUGACUAUGUCUACGAGGAGAAUGUGACCAUCGAACUUCAAGAGCAACGCGGAAUCGUGCGGGCGAAUGUGUACAGGCCCAAACCUCCCGGGCAUUCCAAAUGCCCCGUGCUUGUGACAUACGGACCAUACGGCAAAGAUGUGCAUUACUCGGUUUUCCACGCCGAAUCCUUCGCCGAGGUUCCUGCAGAGCACCAUUCACCGCACUCGGCCUGGGAAACCCCAGACCCUGGAUUCUGGACCAGACACGGCUAUGCCAUUGUGAGGGCUGACGAGGUUGGUCUUGGACAGUCACCUGGCAUACUGAAUACCAUGUCGAGAGACACUAGCCUCGCGUUCAAGGACGUCAUUGAAUGGGCUGCCGAUCAACCAUGGUCUUCUGGUAAAGUCGGACUGCUUGGAAUUAGCUACUAUGCUGGAAGCCAGUGGCGCGUGGCAGCGCGCCGUCCCCGAGGUCUAGCUUGUAUCAUUCCGUGGGAGGGCAUGAGUGACUACUAUCGUGAUCGCUGUAGACACGGAGGGAUUUUAUCGAACACAUUCAUCGGCUGGUGGUGGAAUCGGCAGGUCAUCGUCAACCAGUAUGGCCGCGGCGGCAGGGCUGCACGGAAAUGGGGCCCAGACACACUGGAAGGGAAUCUAUCCGAGGAGGAACUUGCCGCCAAGUGCCAUGAUCAAACAGUUGACAAUGUCAAGAACCGUUUUCUUGAUGAUGAAUAUUACGCCACGACUGAUUAUGACAUGUCAGAUAUCGAGGUGCCGUUACUUUCUGUUGGCAACUGGGGCGGUAUUCUCUUGCAUCUACGAGGAAAUGUCGAGGGGUUUGUCAACGCUGGAUCUCGGCACAAAUAUUUGCGAUUUGUGACUGGUCGGCAUGAUCUCCCGUUCUACACCAAAGAGUACGUGGACCUACAGCUGAGCUUCCUUAAUGCCUUUCUCAAAGGAGACGAUCCCAUGGGCUGGUCGCGAGGAGAACAACCCAAAGUCAGAUAUCGAAGCCGUAUCGGCGACGUUGGAUUCAACGAUGCGGUCGCUGAAGCUGCUUACCCCGAGCGAGACGCGGAGAUGUGGCCGAUACCGACCACACAAUAUACCAAGUACUACAUGACACCAGGCAAAGGCUUGCAGACCUCCCUGGCGGAACAGAAGACGGAGGCGAGGCUGUCGUAUAAAGCUCUAGGAGACCUCAAGAACCAACACCUUGUGCAAUUCGUCAGCGACUCGUUCACCGAGCAGGUAGAGUUUACAGGACACAUUGUUGCAAGGCUGAACGUUUCCGUCACUGUCGACGAGAACCAGGUCACUCAGCCGAGCGAUAUCGAUUUAUUCGUCACACUCCGACACUUGGAUCAGCAAGACAAAGAGAUACUCUACACAGGCACUGUCGGAGACCCGGUGCCCAUUGCCAAAGGGUGGCUUCGGGUCAGCCUGAGAGCCAUCAACGAGAAGAGCUCCAGAUGCGUGUUGCCUUGGCAUCCUCAUCGCGAGUAUCGAUCUACCGAUCAUUCACCUCUUACGCCGGGAGAGGUAUAUCAGGUGGACGUGGAAGUUUGGCCGACCAAUGUGGUCUUCGCUCCUGGCGACAAGUUGGUCUUUGAAGUGUCUUCGGGCGAUACGCAAGGAGCCGGACUGUUCGAGCAUAACUCAAAAGAGGAUCGCGACAGUAAAACUUUCGCAGGCAUUAACCAUAUUCAUUUCGGUCCAAGUUACAACAACUGGGUCUUGAUGCCGGUUGUGCCGUCGAUCAAGGCUUGA